UUAAGUAAAGAUUUUAUUUCAUUUUUUUCAAUACAUUAUGUUAAAUACAUAUUAUGGACCAGUUAUGAACAGCAGAGUUUAUACCUUUGCUAUAAACCAUAUAUGGACUACCUUGUAGCAAAAAGUCCAAAAUGUGUAUUAUGAUUUCUAGAUUUUAAAUAAGAUUUAAUGGUCUAAAAAUUACUAAAAAGAUUUGAUAUUUGCUAAGUUCUUUCCCAAUUUUUAUCAACUUCGCCGCUAGCCGAGACAGCCAGGGACGCUGCUAGAACUCUCGUUCUCCAGCAUCUUACCGGGGAAUUCAGGGGGAUGACUCUUCCUAGGGUGUUGGUGGGAGACGGACCAGAAGGCUUCUCGCCCAGAGUCACCAGGUAUAAGAGUUUGGUCACUGGGGCCCGAGCAAGAGGAGUCAUUGCUGUCCUCUGGGUCCUUGCCUUUGGCAUCGGCCUGACCCCGUUCCUGGGGUGGAACAGUAAAGACAGUGCCACCAAUUGCACGGAGCCCUGGGACGGGACCACAAACGCAAGCUGCUGCCUUGUGAAGUGUCUUUUUGAGAACGUGGUCCCCAUGAGCUACAUGGUGUACUUCAAUUUCUUUGGGUGCGUCCUGCCCCCGCUGCUCAUAAUGCUGGUCAUCUACGUCAAGAUCUUCCUGGUGGCCUGCAGGCAGCUCCAGCGCAUGGAGCUCAUGGACCACUCGAGGACCGUCCUCCAGCGGGAGAUCCACGCGGCCAAGUCCCUGGCCGUGAUUGUUGGGGUCUUUGCUCUGUGCUGGCUGCCGGUACACGUCAUCAACUGUGCCACGCUCUCUCAGCCAGCCUGGGCCAAGGAGAAGCCCGAGUGGGCCACGAACACGGCCAUCCUCCUGUCGCACGCCAACUCGGUCGUCAAUCCCAUUGUCUACGCCUCCCGGAACCGAGACUUCCGCUACGCUUUCCACCAAAUCAUCUCCAGGUAUGUUCUCUGCCGGACGGACGUCCGCAAGAGUGGGGACGGGCAGGCAGGGGCGCAGCCUGCUGUCCAGGUGGGCCUGUGACCGAGGCUCUGGCCUCUUUGAGGAGAAGGCACAAGUUCGGUAACAAAGGGACAGGGCACGGCUGGCGGAGUCUCGCUGGAAGGACAGCUGCACCUCGCAGGCCAGCAGGUCGCCUCUUCGGAGCGCUUCCCCGGGGGUACCACGUACCCAGUUAAUAUGCACACGUUACUAGUAGGUUCCGAGGGUCGACAAAUGUGUUUAUGGUUCUCUGGCUGCUCUUGUAGAUGAUGCUGACGACUUGAAUGGAUUGUAAAAGAAAGUUUUGUUUUUUUGAGAGUCUGACCUCUUUCAUGGUAGAAAAUGACUGAAACUAUUUUACUGUGAAACACUGUGAACUAUUACAAUACAAAUAUUUUUUAACUUAGCAGGCAAUGGAAAAAGUUGGACAUACUAAAAAUAUAUACUUGUUCUGAGGAAGGUGACCAGGAAAAUUAAAAGUAUAAUUCUUCAAUCAAGACACUGCCAUAUUAGGGAAAUGAUAGUCUCCUAAGUUCUUAAGUAGAAUAUCAUCAGAUGACAGGUUUGAUAACAAUCUUUUCCAUGUACAGCAAACCACCCUAAAGGAAGAAACUGGAGAAGUGGGAUCCCUCCGCCACCAGAUUCUGUGUCCCCCUUCCAGAGCUAGAUAAGUGAAUUUUACUUCUCUCCCAAGUUCAAGUUUGGCCAAGUUGCUGGAAUCCAAAGUGAAAAUUUUACGAAGGAAAGUUCGAGAAUUGUGUUCAUGUAUGAGGUGAAAUAAAAAUAAAACUUAAAAAAAGAAAUAUACGGUUUAGGGUGCUGCGCCGGCUUGCUGUGCAGAGCUCACCUACCUUCUGUUCUUUAUCCUGAGAUAAGUCUACACCCGAGCCCAAGUUUGCCAAGUAGCACAGUCUUGAUAGGUUUUAUUGGCCACACCUCGACCUAAGAGAAGGCCCUGCCACCACAGAGCCCUGUGCCAUCUGGGGCCUUUCCCACAGUCAUUCAUUAGCGCUUCAUAUUUCGGGGCACAGGGUUGGGGGGUGUCCGAGGCUGCAAAACCAUCUAUUUCACCUGUCUGGUCGCUGACUCAGUUCCUUCCGCAGUAACCCUGCGAAGAUGCUGCAGGCCCACGAACCCCUAGAGAGACAGGGAAAGCCUGUCCUUCUAGGACCCUGUUCCAGCUGCGGACAGCCUUCCCCAUGAGAAGUUCCUGUCCUGUGCCGAAAUCUGUCUCGUGUUCCUUUUCAUCCGUCAUUGCUCCUUUGCUGUCUCUUGGGGUCCAGAUGAGUCCCGUUUAUCUCCCUCCCAACAUCCUCUUGGGAUCUCUCAGCCUUUUCUGGCUUGUUACAAAGCUCAGAAGUGCCUGCAGAGCAAACCAGCACUUCCUUGUCCUAGGUGCUACCUUUCUCACAAUACAGCCUAUUUAAUCAGCUAUUUUGGCCUCAACACUGUAGAUUCUGCAGCUCACUGAAACCAGAACCCUGAUGUCUUUUUAUCUUUGCUGCCAUUUAGCCACAUCUCCGCUCUAACCUUUUAUUGCAGAAAAAUUUUCUGGACCCAAGAAAAAGGACUGAUGCUUAUUUAUCUAAACUUCAGCUUGCUGUUUCACCUACUGUUCCAACCUCUUAAGAAUGACUAGUACUCAGGCUUCCCUGGUGGCGCAGUGGUUGAGAGUCUGCCUGCCAAUGCAGGGGACACGGGUUCGAGCCCCGGUCUGGGAA